UGGCUCUUCUCCACCUCCCUCGUAUAGCGUCCAAGUCGUCUGUCUUUUGGGUGGUCGGCGGUGGAGCUUCCAUGGUCGGGAAAGCUCCCAACGAUCUUGUUGUUGUUCGAUGAUUUACAAACUAUCAACCUUCUCCCGUACUGGGCAUUGAACGUGGAAUGUGCAUAAAAGCAUCAGCUCAAAGUGGUGAUGUUAUUGUGAGGCAAUCUGCAAAUUACAAUCCUCCGAUGUGGGAAGAUGAAUUUAUUCAAUCUUUAGACAAUGAAUUCAGGAGAGAAACAUAUCAAAGCCGAUUCAACCAACUGAAAGGAGAAGUUAAGACACUGCUCGGAGAAAGACGAGAGCCUUUGGAGCAAUUAGAGCUCAUUGACGUUUUACAAAGACUUGGAAUAUCAUACCACUUUGAGAGUGAAAUUAAAGAUAUAUUAGAAACAAUAAACAAAAUGUCCUAUGAAGAUGACGGGAAGAAGAAUAGCCUCCACUCAACAUCUCUUAAAUUUAGACUUUUAAGACAACAUCACUUUGACAUUUCAGAAGAGGUUUUCAAUGCAUUCAGAGAUGAGACUGGAAAUUUCAAAGCAUGCCUUUCUGGAGAUACAAGUGGAAUAUUAUCUUUAUAUGAAGCUUCCUUCUUAUCAACCGAAGGUGAAAGUAUUUUAGAGGCAGCAAAAUGCUUUGCAAUCAACAAUCUUAAGGAAUACAUCGAAACAAGCGAAGAUGAACUCAAGGUAGAGAUCGUAAGAAAUGCCUUGAAGCUUCCCUUGCAUUGGAAGAUACAAAGAUUGGAGGCAAGGUGGUUCAUUGAUAUAUAUGAGAGAAAAGCAAGCAUGAAUCUUGUUCUUCUGGAAAUUGCUAAGCUUGAUUUUAACAUGCUACAAUAUAUCUACCAAGGAGAUCUUAAAUAUGUGUCGAGUUGGUGGAGAAAAACGGAGCUCGGAAAAAAGUUGAGCUUUGCAAGAGAUCAGUUGAUGGAAAACUUCUUUUGGACAAUAGGCAUUGGAUACGAACCCAAUCUUGAAUAUUUUAGGAGAAUGGGUACGAAACUUGUGGCAUUGAUAACAAUGAUCGAUGAUGUUUACGAUGUCUAUGGCACAUUGGAUGAACUGGAACUCUUUACAAAUGCUAUAGAGAAGUGGGAUAUUGCUUCAAUGGACCAACUUCCUGAAUAUAUGAAACAAUGUUUUCUUACUCUCUACAAUUCGAUAGAUGAGAUUGCUUCCGACGCACUAAGCAAUCAUGGAGUUGAUGUCAUGCCAUACCUCAAGAAAGUGUGGUUAGAUUUGUGCAAAUCUUAUCUACUCGAGUCAAAUUGGUAUCACAGUGGUUAUAGACCAACAAUGCAAGAAUAUAUCGACAAUGCGUGGAUUUCAGUAGCAGGACCAAUUAUGUUAGUGCAUUCAUAUGUUUUUGUUUCACCUCAAAUAACAAAGGUUGAGUUAGAGAGAUUAACAGAAUAUCCCGACAUAAUUCGUUGGUCGUCAACAAUCAUGCGACUUGCAAAUGACCUCCUAACUCCGUUGGAGGAACAAAAUAUUGGUGAUGUUCCAAAAUCGAUUCAGUGUUAUGUAAACGAGAUGAAGCAGAAUGAGACGGAUGUUUCAGAGAGAAAUGCUCGAGAAUAUAUACGACAUUUAAUAGAUGAGUUAUGGAAGAAGUUAAAUGAAUUUGAAGAUGACAAACUAGUGUCCUCUCAAACAUUCAUGAAAAUGCCAAAAGAUCUUGCUCGAAUAGCUCAAUGCAUGUAUCAAUAUGAAGAUGGACAUAUCAUAAAUCACAACAAAAUAAAUGAACGUAUAUUGUCUAUUCUAGUUCAGCCGGUUAUGCUUCAUAAUUAUAAUAGACAAUAAAUUGAUUAGAAUAAAGUUUGUCUGAGUUAUAAGGUUUUAUU